GAUUUACAAAAUUAUUUAAAUGUUAAAAUAAAUUUACGAAAAGACUUCUAUAACCACGAGUUUCGAUCAUAACACCCUCAAGCGAUCUUUAAAGGAACUGAAGAAAAUGGCGUGGAAGUGGAAGGAAGUCGAUUAUUUGUCAAAACAACAAUAUUCCGGAGAUUCUAAUUUAUGCAUUCAAAUGAUGAGACAUCGUCUAUUGAAUGCUAAAAGUUUAUAUCGAAAAGAUCUAUUCGCUCAUUACGGCUGCGUUAACGCUAUAGAAUUUUCGGCUAAUGGAGAAUGGCUGGUGUCUGGUGGUGAUGAUAGAAGAGUUUUGCUUUGGAAUGUUGAGAAGGCUAUUUCAGGAGUCAGUCAUCCAAUAGCAAUGUUAGGCGAACAUAAUAGCAAUAUAUUUUGUUUGGGAUUUGAUACAGGCCAUACAAGAUUAUUUUCUGCAGGAAAUGAUGAACAAGUUGUAGUUCAUGACAUUGAAACAAGAAAAACUUUAGAUGUCUUCUUACAUGAAGAAGCUGUUUAUGGAUUAUCUGUUGAUCCAAUGAAUGAUAAUGUUUUUGCAAGUGCUUGUGAUGAUGGACGAAUUUUGAUAUGUGACAUUCGAGAACAUGGUACUUCAGAUCCUUUUGUGCUUGCAAAUUACAAUUCAGCUUUUCAUGCUGUCAUGUAUAAUCCUGUAGAACCACGAUUAAUUGCAACUGCAAAUUCAAAAGAAGGCGUUGGUUUAUGGGAUGUUAGAAAACCAAAUAGUUGUGUGUUGCGAUAUGGUGGCUGUUUAUCGACCCAAAGUUCAAUGAGCGUUCGUUUCAAUUUAAGUGGCACCAGUCUUCUAGCUUUAAGAAGGAGACUUCCUCCAGUUUUAUACAACAUUUCUUCACCAUAUCCUGUUGCAGAGUUUGAUCAUCCUGGUUAUUAUAAUUCAUGUACGAUGAAAAGUUGCUGCUUUGCUGGUGAUUCAGAUCAGUAUGUAAUGUCUGGUUCAGAUGAUUUUAAAUUGUACAUGUGGAAAAUACCAGUAGAAAAUAAAGGUAUAUGGGUAAAUGAAGCACACUUAGUAUUGAAAGGUCAUAGAUCAAUUGUGAAUCAAGUAAGAUAUAAUCAAGCAAAUACAAUUUUUGCUUCGUCUGGUGUAGAAAAAGUAGUCAAGCUUUGGAGUACCUUUCCAUUACCUGGAGGUACUGGUUGCAUAAAUGGAGUCAAAGAUGGUAUGAGAAGAGUUUAUAGUCCAGAAGAAUAUAUUAGUUUAGUUUUGGAAAGUGGACAGUUAAUGACUCAUGAUUACAGCCAUAAAUCAAUACAGGAAGAUCCUCGAAUGAUGGCAUUUUUUGAUUCAUUGGUUCAAAGAGAUAUAGAAGGAUGGACUACUGAUUCUGAUAAUUCUAGUACUAAUUCAGAUUUGCCAAAUUUAAGUUUUGAAAUACAAUCAGAUGGCUCUGUUUCUUCCUUGCCAACAUUUCCAUCAUCGUCGUCAUCAUCAGGAGAUGAAUCCAUUCAAGAAUCUCCAAAAAGCAGUGGAAGCUUAAGUCCUCAGACACGUUCCUAUAUUUAUGCUCUUACUAGUAGAGUAGAAGCUAAUUUGCAGAGUCUGCAAAAUGCAAAUAAAAAUGAAGAAAAGAAAGAUGAAAAUAAAGAUUCAGAAGAGACAAAUUCAGAUAGAAUAUCUGAACUUAUUGCUCAGAAAAGACACGAACAGCUUCUUAGAGUAGUGAAAACAACUCUAAAACUUACAAAGAAGCGUUUAAAAAGAAAAAAAUUGUCAGAACAUUCGUCAAGUAAUAAUUUAUCUCUAGAUUCAGAUCAUGAGCUUCGUAGUCUAAAUAGUGCAAGGAAAAUAUUAAAUUCAGUUCUUCAGUGUCAGAACAAUAUGCAAAAUAAAGAAAGAAGGAAAGCUUUGCAACUGAAACGAACCAAAAUAUUACGAAGAUCACUUUAUAGUGAACCUAGUUCGGAUUCUGAUGACAAUACAGAAAAUCAGAAAAGAUAUGUAGCUAAAUCAAAACCAGCUAAACAAGCUAAACAUACAAACAAUACAGAGGUAGCAAGUUCUUCAACUGUUGUUCUGCAGCAUAUAUCAGAGGAAAAUGAAGACGUGAAUGGUAUUGUAAAUGGUGCAGAAACUGUUGUUACAAAUACAUGUUUAUCUUCAACUUCCUUAAAUACUUCACAAACUGUUUCUCCUUCUUGUAAUAUGGGUGAAGAAAAAUUAGACAAUGGUGAUAAUGUUAGUAAUUUGAACGAAACAACAGAACCAACGACUUGGACCUUCCGAAAAUUUAAAAGUGCAAAAAAUUCAAAACGGAAUUAUCGUUCUAGAGACAAUUCCGACUUACAGGAUGAGUAAAAGACUUCUUAUUUGAUCAAAAAUUGAAUGUUUGCUUGUGAUAUGUUAGUGUACAUAGAUUUAUACCAUAUUGUAUAUAUUUUGAGUGAAGUAGUUUUCAUUUGUUACAAUGUAUUUCAAUGAGUUACAUUCAGGCCAUAAUACAUUUUUUGUUUGUUUUAUAAGUUAUUUCAAUUUUUCAAAUUUAGUAUUUAAGAUAUGAAUUACUUCAUUUAUAUAAAAUAACAACUUUUUACAGUAAUAAUAGUAUAAAAUAUGCAUCUAUAUCAACUUUUUGAUUGAAAUGUUUGUCUGCUUAAUAAUUGCAUCAUAUAGUUUCAAUUUAUUUUCUAAUGUUAAUGAACUAUUAUAUCCUUUAAGUCACUUGUUCGUGCAUGAAUGAAAAUAGCUGAUUAAAUACAUAUUCAUUGUGUUUUGUAUGUUCAUUACAUUCCAGUAAUUUAUACAACUCACAAAACAGUUUUGCUUUUGUUUUAUUGUCGUUAAAGAAUCUUAUUUUUUCAAAUUUGUUUUUAGAAUAAAAAGAAAAAUAUCAUAAAUAUUUAACUGUUAGGAUGCAAUUUGCAUGCAAAGUGUAUAUGUGAGAAUAUAUUUUAAUGGUAGAAACAAAGGUAUUUAGUGGUUUGAAAACAGUGUUAUAAAUUACAAAGAAAAGCAAUAUUAAUUUUGUAAAGAUGGAAUUUAAAAAAUUCUUAAAACAGUUAUUAAAAAUCAAAUUGUGUAAAACAAGUAUUAGUAAAAAAAAUAUUAACUAACUGAAAAAGUAAUUUCAAUAAUCAAAAACUGUAUUUUGGUAAAUUUCUUAGUACUAUGAUCAGAGUAAAUGUUAUAAUCAAUGACAUUAUCAACAAGUUUACCAUAAAUGUAAAGAACA